AGACUCAGUUCAGAAGUACCUAAUAAUACCUACAUAUACAUAAUUCUUUUAAUAGACAAAUAAGCACCUAUUUACACCUAUAAGCACCAAGAAACCCCUGAAAAGUUGAGUCAUCAGUCAGACCAACACGCAAUUAAAUAGGAAAACAUUGACAGGAACCUCCGACGUAAUGCCUGAAAACCUGAUAAUGGCAUCAUCGUCAAAACAAUGAGAUAAGCAUUAAAAUAAAAAACAAAAACCGAGGAGAUUGAAGCUUAAAAGCUUCCCAAUGAGAUUUUGACAAAACAGUUGCUAAUUAUCAACCAUCGAGACAGGACGUAUUCUAGACGGAAAGAUGAAGUUCCAUCUGUUCGCCCUUCUGGGUCUUCUCAGUGCUCUAAGUUACACCAAUGCAGCCCAAAAUUUAAUCUGCUACUAUGACUCGGCCGCGUAUGUGCGCCAUGGUCUGGCCAGAAUGUUCAAGAGUGAUAUGGAACUGGCCCUAGAGUUCUGCACACAUCUGGUAUACGGAUACGCUGGCAUGAAAGCCGAAACCUACGAGAUGUUCAGCCUGAAUGUGGACUUGGAUAUGUUCCACUACAAGGAAAUCACUUCCCUGCGCCAAAAGUUUCCCCAUCUCAAGAUACUGUUGAGUGUUGGAGGGGAUCACGAUGUCGACGAGGCCCAUCCUAAUAAGUAUAUUGAGUUUCUGGAAGCAAAUCGCACUGUCCAGCAGAAUUUCAUAGACAGCAGCAUGAUUCUACUGAAGCGUAAUGGGUUCGACGGUCUCGACCUGGCCUUCCAGUUUCCGAAAAAUAAGCCACGUAAGGUUCAUGGCUCCUUUGGCAGUUUUUGGAAAAAGUUCAAGAAGCUGUUCACUGGCGACUUUGUUGUGGAUCCCCAAGCGGAGCAGCACAAGUCUCAGUUCACGGAUCUGGUGGGAAAUCUGAAGAACGCCUUCCGGACAGCCAAUCUCAUGUUGUCCCUGACUGUGCUGCCCAAUGUUAACUCCACAUGGUACUUCGAUGUCAGCAAACUGCAUCCCCAAGUCGACUUCAUCAAUCUGGCUGCCUUUGACUUCCUCACUCCUCUUAGAAAUCCCGAGGAAGCCGACUAUACAGCUCCGAUUUUCUUCCAAGACGAACAGAAUCGCUUGCCUUACUUGAAUGUAGAAUUCCAGAUCAAUUACUGGCUGCAGAAUCACUGCCCUUCCAACAAACUAAACCUGGGAAUUGCCAGCUAUGGUCGGGGAUGGAAAAUGACCUCAGAUUCGGGACUAAGUGGCCUGCCAGUGGUUCCUGGAACCGAUGGCCCUGCUCCGGGAGGACUUCAGAUCGCCAGUACAGAGGGCUUGUUCAGUUGGCCGGAGAUUUGUGCCAAACUAGCCAAGAAUUCAUCGGCUGUGUAUCGAGGGGAAAAUGCCCCUCUUAGAAAAGUCACAGACCUCACCCAGAAGUACGGAAACUAUGCCCUCCGACCAGCUAAUGAGGAGGGCGAGCACGGCAUGUGGCUGAGCUUCGAUGAUCCGGAUUUUGCUGGAAUCAAGGCGGCUUAUGCCAAGGGUAGGGGCCUGGGCGGCAUGGCGAUAUUCGAUCUGACUUACGAUGACUUCCGAGGCCUCUGCACGGGCCAGAAGUUCCCGACUGUACGAUCUAUUAAAUAUUUUAUGGGUUAAAUAAAUCUUUACAUAAAAGCCUUAAAAUAAAUAUUUAAGUACGACAUUUUAA